AUCAAGCAAAGCAAAACAUAACCUUAAAUAUGUUUUAAGUACUUAAUCAUUUCUUAACAAGUUUAAUUAACAGUUUAUUAUUGAAUUAAGUUGUACAUCUUAUGACAGUCAAUGGCUAGUUUAGAAGAUAAGAUUUUGGGUGAAAAAUCUCAGUAUUAUUGUAGCAGUAGUGAAGGCAGUGACAACGACCAAUCUGAUGAUGAACCAAAAAAAUCCCAACCAGAAAAUAAAGAACAACCGCCUCCUCCAGAUAUUAAUAAAUGGGAAGGAACUUCCUCAAAUACGGGUCCAAAAGGUGUAAUAAAAGAUUGGCAAAGAUACAAACAACUGGAAAGAGAAAAAAAUAUUGAUGAUGAAAAGGAGAAGAUAGCUUUAAUGAAGAAGCUCACAUUAACUGUCCAAUCUUCUUUAGAUGAGGAGCGGGAAAAAGCAGCUAUGGAGGAUCCUGAACUUGCAGAACUACUUAAUGAUGAGUAUUUAAUUACUUACCAGAAGCAGAGGAUGAAAGAAAUGAUUCAACAUACUAACUUGAACUUGAAAUUUGGUAAUCUGUUUUUUUUACAAACCGGUCAAGAUUUUUUGGAUGCUAUUGAUAAAGAACAUAAAGAAGCCACAAUUAUUGUUCACAUAUACGAAGAGACACAGAUAUGCAGAACCAUGAAUGUUGCUUUAAAAUUCCUGUGCAAAGUAUAUGACAAUGUUAAAUUUUGUUGUAUAAAAGGAUCAGCUGCAGGGAUUAGUCAACAGUUUAAAGUGGAUGGGGUCCCAGCAUUAUUAGUUUAUAAAGCAGGGAAUCUUGUUGGUAACUUUGUAAGAUUGUCAGAUGAGCUGGGUACAAAUUUUUUGGCAGAGGAUGUGCAGAACUACUUAGUAGAACAUGGCUUACUUGAGGAUAAAACUUGUGCUCCAACUUUGAUUUCAGGAGACAAUGAAGAUGAUAGUGAUUGAAGAUGGGUGAAAGGAAGGAAAAAUCCAUGCAUUAGUAUGCAAGCAGCAGAAAAAGCAAUAUUCUUUGUAGAAGACAAUGAAAUUGUUAGCAUAUCCAUUAAUUUAUGCUUCACAUAUUUACUACAAAUUUGUAUUCUAAGCUGGCACCUAAAUUUUGAUGAUUUAUCUGUCAGUUGCAAUAUUUUAAAAAAUAACUUAUUUUAUGUAUCAUUGAUACUGCAAUACGAGCUAUGUCAUGAAAAACUAAUUUUAUAGGAAACUAUAAAAAGUACUACAUAAGCAUUCAUACAUAAAUCAUAUUGCCAGAUAUUAUGAAUUAUUUUUUGGUAUGGAAUACUGACAUAAUAUUGCAAUUCAUGAAAUACUAUUGGUACCAUGCUUUCAAAUAAUAAAGUGAAUUUUGUAUUUUUUUGACAUAACACGACUUUCAUAUCAUAUAGUAAAAAAAGUGAAACAAAUGUUAUCAAUAACUGUCAUUAAUAUUAAGCAGAUAAUUUUUUCAAAAAUUAAAAACAAAGUGGAUUGAAAUGCUCUCAUUGGUAGCCAUUUGGGAAUACUCAAUGAGUAUUUUUUUCUCACAAAGAUCACUUUUUAAAAAUUAUUUUCGCUUAUGAAGAAUAUAUUAGAAUAUGGCUUUCUUGUAUUUUUACUGUGCACUAUAAAACAUAUUCAGGGUAUCAAAAUAAUGUAAGAGGUAUACUAGUAUUACUUUACAACAGUGGAAAAUCACAAGUCUUUAAAUACAUAUAAACAAAAUGAUGAAACAGUUUUAAGUACAUGUAACUGCCAAAAGGUGCCCAUUUUUAUCAAACGUAGAAAAUGGUUGUGCUAAUAAUACAGUUAUAAACUAGAGAUGCUUAAUUUCAAAUAGUGUUUUUUGCUAACUUUAAAAGGAUAUGUUUAGAACGUUUUUAAAUAAUUGUAUUUUUUUACACUUCCCCAUU